CAAUGGUUGUCGACAACAUAGAUUAAACAGCGACAAUUGGCACGCCGGUCGGCCUAUGUCCUGGUCUGCCUCUGCGGACCAGCAGCAGCAGCAGCAAGUCGGUCCAGCCACCGGAAGCUUCCGACCAGACGACGAGCUCCGCGUGCCGUCGAAGAUCUCUCUCUCUCUCUGGCGCGACCGUCGAGAUUCCCUCUGCUCCGCGAUCCUCUCGUUCUCCGCGCCCCUCGCGUCUCCGACGAUGCGAGACGCUUCGUCUCGAUCGACUGCGGAGUGAUCCUCCCCCGAUCGGAGGAACCCGCGCAGUCCGGCGAGUAGUGCGCCCGCACGCGCCCUCGGGGCGAUCUUCAUGAGCGCGGCGCCGCCCGCGGGGGCCGAGCUGCCGAUGGCGAUGUCCGACAACGCCAGGGGCCUCGUGCUGGCCGUGGCCUCCAGCGCCUUCAUCGGCGCGAGCUUCAUCCUCAAGAAGAAGGGCCUCAAGCGCGCCGCCUCCGACGGUACUCGCGCAGGGAUUGGAGGAUAUACAUACUUAUUAGAGCCACUUUGGUGGACAGGAAUGGUCACAAUGAUUGUUGGAGAGGUUGCCAAUUUUGUGGCUUAUGUUUAUGCUCCAGCUGUCCUGGUGACGCCUCUUGGUGCAUUGAGUAUAAUAGUCAGUGCUUUUUUGGCACACUUCAUGUUGAAGGAACGGUUGCAAAGGAUGAGCAUCGUAGGAUGUGUCUGUUGCAUUGUUGGUUCAGUGGUGAUUGUAAUCCAUGUUCCUCAAGAGCAUACUCCAAGUUCAGUCCAAGAAAUUUGGGAUCUAGCUACACAACCAGCUUUUCUUAUUUAUGUUGGAGCAACAAUAUCUACGGUGUUAGCUCUGGUGUUGUAUUUUGAACCUCACUAUGGCCAGACAAACAUACUUGUCUACUUGGGAAUAUGUUCUCUGAUGGGUUCACUUACGGUUGUCAGCAUAAAAGCUAUUGGUAUUGCAAUAAAGCUUACUUUGGAGGGGAUAAGUCAAAUUGCUUAUCCACAGACUUGGUUCUUUGUUACAGUUGCUGCAGUUUGUGUCGUCACCCAGUUGAACUACCUUAACAAGGCAUUAGAUACAUUCAAUGCUGCCAUCGUUUCGCCAGUAUAUUACGUGAUGUUCACAACUCUGACAAUUGUUGCUAGUGCAAUAAUGUUCAAGGAUUGGUCGGGUCAGACUGCAAGCAGCAUAGCAUCCGAGAUAUGUGGAUUCAUCACUGUACUUUCAGGAACAAUCAUACUUCAUUCAACAAGAGAACAGGAAUCAGCUAAUGCACGAGGCACUGUGCAGUGGUAUGUUGGUGGGGAUUCUGUAAAAAGUGUUGAGGAAGAACAUCUAGUCACAUUGAGCAAUUCAGAUUACUUGGAGCGUCGAGAAUUUACUUAGAAUGAACUCAAGAGAGUUUUCUCCUUAAGUUUUGGAAAGUCUUUUCAUUAUUUGAACAUUCCACCCAACAUUUUUUCAUGCUGUUGACGUGGAGAGAGUCUAGUGCUUUGCCAAGCAAAGUGCGAGGGAGCCAAUUUGGGCGGCCAGUAUCUCUGUUAGUCCCAGUUUGAUGAGCCUUGCGCUGGCGUUUUGAAAUGAAGAAUCACCAUUUUCUAAGUCAUUUCACUGAAAUCCAUACUGGAUGUGAGUGGCAUCCCAUCAACCCAGAGGUCCCAGACAUGAAGUUGGCAACAAAGCAAUUGUUUUGUGUACAUAUGUUGUGACAUUUUCUUCAUUCAACCACUUUUUUAGUGUUUACCUGAGUUGGGAGUGAGAACAUAGCUUUCAUGCAGAUUCAAUGCUGAUGAAGAAGUUUUGCCUCCAAUAUUGAGGAUCGUGGCUUUGAUCU